ACUAACGCCGCCUCCAUUUUGGUCUCAUGUGUACUGUAUGUGUGUGCGGCGUUGAUGUAAACUGGAAGAAACAACAGGACCGUACGCAGAGGCAUUAUAUAUACAGAAAUGGACGGCAUCAGCGAUGUUGCAGUUGGAGUGAAGAGAGGAUCAGAUGAGCUGAGUAUGUACAGCAGUCCCAACUCUGGAAUGAGCAGUAUGAGUGAUGGGAGUUCCAGUGGCAGUGAAAGUAAAAAGCUGAGGGUAGAGGAAGCGCUACCAUCUCGUGUGCUUCACAUCAGAAAGUUGCCUAAUGAAGCAUCAGAGACAGAAAUCAUUGCUCUUGGUUUGCCGUUUGGAAAAGUCACCAAUAUCCUUACUCUCAAGGGAAAAAACCAAGCCUUUUUGGAGAUGGGUACAGAGGAUGCUGCCAUCACAAUGGUUAAUUACUACACCACUGUAAAUCCUCAUAUUCGCAAUGUCCCUGUCUUUAUUCAAUAUUCAAAUCACAAGGAGCUCAAAACUGAUGCUGGAAAUCAGCGUACACAGGCCAUGCUACAGGCAGUUUCAGCAGUGCAGUCUGGCGGAUCACCUGCUUCAGAUGUACAAGAAAUACUUGCUACCGCCUCUAGUCCAGUGCUGCGGAUCAUCAUCGACAAUAUGUACUACCCUGUAACACUGGAUGUGCUACAACAGAUUUUUUCCAAGUUUGGCACUGUCAUGAAAAUAAUCACAUUUACAAAAAACAACCAGUUCCAGGCUCUUUUGCAAUUCAGUGAACCUGUCAAUGCACAACAAGCUAAACUGGCACUUGAUGGUCAGAAUAUCUACAAUGCGUGUUGCACACUGCGGAUUGACUUCUCCAAGCUUGUCAACUUAAAUGUCAAGUACAACAAUGAUAAGAGUCGUGAUUACACACGACCAGAGCUGCCAGCUGGUGAUGGUCAACCAACAAUGGACGCCGCUGUAGCGGUAGCUCUUAGCAAAGACAACUCCCUCCUUGGUAAGAUUCCAGGAGCCCUGAACCCUCUUAGCGCAGCAGCAGUAGCUGCUGCUGCUGCAGGAAGGGUGGCGCUAGCUGGACAAACAGCGUCCAGUGGGGUACUCUUGGUCAGCAAUCUGAAUGAAGAGAUGGUUACGCCCCAAAGUCUGUUUACCCUCUUCGGAGUCUACGGUGAUGUCCAGAGGGUGAAAAUUCUUUACAAUAAGAAAGACAGCGCUCUCAUUCAGAUGUCAGACGCCAACCAGGCUCAGUUAGCCAUGAGCCACCUGAAUGGUCAAAAGAUGUAUGGAAAAAUCAUCAGGGCCACGCUUUCCAAACACCAGACGGUAGCGCUCCCACGGGAUGGCCUGGACGACCAGGGCCUGACCAAGGACUACGCCAACUCUCCGCUUCACCGCUUCAAGAAACCUGGGUCCAAGAAUUUCCAAAACAUUUUCCCACCAUCUGCCACUCUCCAUCUCUCCAACAUCCCUCAAGAUGUGACAGAGGAUGACCUGCGGCUGCUCUUUUCAAACGCCGGAGGCACUGUGAAGGCGUUUAAGUUUUUCCAAGAUCGUAAAAUGGCCUUGAUCCAGAUGUCAACGGUGGAAGAGUCUGUCCAAGCCUUAAUUGACCUCCACAACUACAACAUGGGAUGCAAUCAGCACCUGAGAGUUUCCUUCUCCAAGUCCACCAUUUAACAACGUGACCCAAAAACCUUUGAUUCACUUGGUUUUCAGAAGUUGUUGCUUGAGGGAAAUGUGAACGUUAUUCUGUUCUUGAAAAAUCGGGGAUAUUGCAGUUGACCCUCCUUGGCAAGCUGUUUUCAAUACCUCUGGAAAAUAUUGACAUUGAUUGUCAUCCCGUAUGAUAGUUUGAUGUAGAAUAGCAUUUAUUUCUUAUUGUAGACAAAAAUAUACGUGUGCCUUAUUUGAUAUCAGCGGUCCACAACAGACACAUGUGCUUUUUAAUCUCAUGGAUGUCAACUCAAUUGGCUCUGUGAAACCUUUUAUAAGCAUUGCCACCAGUCAGCUUUUUUGUAUUUUUUGGUGGGUUGUGGAUUUACCUUUUGAAAUUGACUUAAAUGGCAAUGGUGUAAUUUUAUUGGAUUUCAGAUUGUUCUGAAUCUCACUUUGGUCCCCUCCACAGCCCAGAAAGUAAAAAUCUUACAGUGCUGGCCAAAAAUAUUGCUACCCCUGCAAUUCUGUCAGAUAAUGCUCAAUUUCUCUGGGAAAUGAUUGGAAUUGCUUUGGCAGUAAUAUCUUCAUUUAUUUUGCUUGCAAUGAAAAAACAAAAAAGAGAAUGAAAAUAAAUAAAUCAUUAUCAUUUUACACAAAACUCAAAAAAUGGGCUGGACAAAAGUAUUGGCUCCCUCAGCCUAAUAUUUGGUAGUACAACCUUUAGACAAAAUAACUGCGAACAACCGCUUCCGGUAUCCAUCAAUGAGUUUCUUAAAAUGCUCUGCUGGAAUUAGUGCUGCAACGAUUAGCUCGAGUAUUCGAUUAGAAAAAAAACAUUCGAAAUAAAUUUUGCUUCUUCGAGUAUUCAUUUAGUUAAAGUGGCGUUUUAAUGCUUUGUUUUGAAAGUGUUUGCAUUUAGUUGUAUUGAUUUGGGUGGAUACACUGCCCUCUAGUCUGCUUAAUUUCACAUGGCUGAAUCCAGCUGCUCCCUGUUAAGACCAAUAUAAGCUGAAUUUUUCUUUCAGCUGGUUUUUUUUUAAUGCAUUCGUAAUUUACUUUAUAGGUAUAUUCUGCCGUUUUUUUUUUUUUUUUUUUUUUUUUUUUUUUUUUUUUUUUGUGGGAAUACGUGUCUGGACCAUUUGUUGAGAGCAUUGUAAAAAAAAAAAAAAAAAAAAAAAGGUAGCAAAUUAUAGCAUUUAAGCUAGCGGACUUUAGCCAAUUGUUGUUUUGUUGCACAUACAUCCUUAUUUAUUCAUUUUUUUUAUACUGUUUGAGGCUCAGCUCAGGUAUUUUAAUUUUUGAUGUUCCUUAUCCGAAUACUCGAUUAUUCGAACUAACUACUUCAUCAAUUAAUCGACUACUAAAAUAAUCGAUAGCUGCAGCCCUAACUGGAAUUUUAGACCUUUCUUUGGCCAAAUGCUCCUGGUCUCUGAGAUUUGAAGGGUGCCUUCUCCUAACUGCCAUUUCAGAUCUCUCCACAGGUGUUCUAUGGAAUUCAGGUCUGGACUCUUUUCUGGCCACUUGUAGAAGUAUCCAGUGCUUUCUCUCAAACCAUUUUGUAGUGCUUUUUGAAGUGUGUUUUGGGUCAUUGUACUGCUGGAAGACCCAUGACAUCUGAGAGAGACCCAGCUUUCUCACAUUGGGCCCUACAUUACGCUGCAAAAUUCGUUGGUAGUCUUCAGACUUCCUAAUAUUAUGCACACGGUCAAGACGCCCAGUGCCAGAGGCAGCAAAGCAACCCCAAAACAUCAGGGAACCGCCGCAAUGUUUCACUGUUGGGACAGUGCUCUUUUCUUUGAAGGCCUCGUUUUUUUAUUCCCCUGUAAACUCUUAUGUUGAUGCCUUUUCUCAAAAAGUUUGGGAGGUUAGCCACAGUGCCAUGGGCUUUACACUUAUUGAUGACACGGCGCACAGUAGACACAGGAACAUUCAGGUUUUUGGAGAUGGACUUGUAGCCUUGGGAUUGCCCAUGCUUCCUCACAACUUUGCUUCUCAAGUCCUCAGACAGUUCAUGAAAAAUUUGGUACACACAAGGACACAGGACAGAGGUUGAGUCAACUUUAAUCCAUUUUAACUGGCUGCAAGUGUGAUUUAGUUAUUGCCUCCACCUGUUAUGAGCCACAGUUAAGUAACCAGUGCUGUUAAUUACACAAAUUAGAGAAGCAUCACAUGAUUUUUAGAAGGGUGCCAGUACUUUUGUACGGCCCAUUUUUGGAGUUUUGUGUAAAAUCAUAAUGAUUUGAUAUUUUUUCCAUUUUGUUUUGUGUUUUUCAUUGCGAGCAAAAUCAAUGAAGAUAUUACUACCAAAGCAUUUGUAAAUACAAUCAUUUUCUGGAAGAAAUUGCACAUUAUUUGGCAGAAUUGCAGGGGUCCCAAUACUGUAUAUUUUUUCUUGGACCCUGUCAGUCAUGGCCUCUUUGAAAUGUCCCGUACUUGAAUAUUCUCAUUUUUUGUUUAUGGUAAAGUGUCGCAAGAUGGCUUGCAGUUUCCCGUUUGAUUUUUAUGACAGCUGAUUUUCAAGUAUUUGGUGUCUUUCUUUUCAUAGCAUUUCCAUUUGCUUGUGAUAUUUCUUUUGAAACAAUGAAUGGUUAUAAAACAGGUUACUUGAGACUUCUACUCAGUCGGACCAAAGUUUCUGUGCCUUAAGUAUUCCUGUAUUAACAAAAAAAAAAAAAAAAAAGCAUUUUCCGAAAAAUGUCCUUUGUUUCACAAGUUCCGAAAUUUCCCCUGCUUAUUUGUUAGAUCAUAAUAACUAUUGUCUUGAAAUAGAAAAAAAAACUUUCUUAAAUUGUGUCCGUGUUGAUCAAGAUAUAUAUUUUCCAAUUUGGAAGUUGUUUUACAGUAUUUUGAGUGCCGAUUUGAGUCUAGUUCACUCUGCAUUUCUUCUGUAGCAUGCUCAAUAAAACCUUUCUGUAAUAUUUCUGCAUUCACCUGUCUCUAUUCUAUGCUUUGCUGACAUGAAAAUACUGAAACGUUCCACAGCAGAAAGUAAGGCAAGGCACAUCAACAUUAUGAAGAGGUUUAAUAUCAUUCAUUAUCUUUCAUAAUGUUUGUAAUAAAAUGUUUUUGAAUCACAUUAUGAUUUAGAUAUUUGGAACCAGUAAUCUAAAAUCAUAAAUGUAUAA